UGCAUUGCCUUGCGUCUUCUUAUAUAACCAUCACACCAGCGGUUCCUUUCUUUCUCUUCUCCUUCCCCUUCCCCAUUCCCAGUGCAGCUACUUGAUUGUUGAGCUUGCCUUUAUCUCUCUUCCCCACCAUCUCCAUCCCCGGAGGUUCAAUUGCUGGUGCGCUUGCUCGCCUUGUUUGUUUUCCUCUUCCCUUCCCUUGAAAACCCUCCCGGACGUUCUGGUUUAAGAGCGCCAAUCGCCAUCCACCAUGCGUUUCAACGCGGCUUUGACUUCUGCCUUGGUCUCCUCGGCCUCCAUCAUGGGCAUGGCCCAUGCUGAGGAGACUGAGAAGCAGCCCGAAACUACCUCCGUGGCGGAGAAGCCUACUUUCACCCCCACCACCAUCGAGGCUCCUUUCUUGGAACAGUUCACCGAUGACUGGGAUUCCCGGUGGACUCCCUCUCACGCGAAGAAGGAGGACUCCAAGUCGGAGGAAGACUGGGCCUAUGUUGGUGAAUGGUCUGUCGAGGAGCCUUCGGUCCUCAAGGGUAUCGAGGGAGACAAGGGUCUCGUUGUCAAGAACGUCGCUGCCCAUCACGCCAUUUCGGCUAAGUUCCCCAAGAAGAUCGACAACAAGGACAAGACUCUCGUUGUCCAGUACGAGGUGAAGCCGCAGAACUCUCUCGUUUGCGGUGGUGCCUACCUGAAGCUUCUCCAGGACAACAAGCAGCUUCACCUUGACGAAUUCUCGAACUCGUCUCCCUACGUGAUCAUGUUCGGUCCCGACAAGUGCGGUGCCACCAACAAGGUUCACUUCAUCUUCCGCCACAAGAACCCCAAGACCGGCGAGUACGAGGAGAAACACCUCAAGUCCCCUCCUGCGGCCCGUACCUCCAAGGUCACCUCCGUCUACACCCUGGUCGUCAACCCCGACCAAACCUUCCAGAUCCUGAUUGAUGGUGAGUCCGUCAAGGAGGGUAACUUGCUCGAGGACUUCACCCCUGCCGUCAACCCCGAGAAGGAGAUCGAUGACCCCAAGGACAAGAAGCCUGCCGACUGGGUUGAUGAGGCCAAGAUCGCCGACCCUGAGGCUACGAAGCCCGAGGACUGGGACGAGGAGGCUCCCUUCGAGAUCGUUGACGAGGAGGCCACCAUCCCCGAAGACUGGCUUGAGGACGAGCCCUCCAGCAUUCCUGACCCCGAGGCCGAGAAGCCCGAGGAUUGGGAUGAUGAGGAGGAUGGUGACUGGGUCCCCCCCACCGUUCCCAACCCUAAGUGCCAGGAGGCCUCUGGAUGUGGCCCCUGGACCGCCCCUAUGAAGAAGAACCCCGACUACAAGGGCAAGUGGUCCGCUCCUUUGAUUGACAACCCGGCCUACAAGGGUAUCUGGGCUCCUCGCAAGAUCGCCAACCCCGCCUACUUCGAGGACAAGACUCCCUCUAACUUCGAGGCCAUGGGCGCUAUUGGUUUCGAGAUCUGGACCAUGCAGAAUGACAUCCUGUUCGACAACAUCUACGUUGGUCACUCCGCCGAGGAUGCUGAGCAGCUGCGCAAGGAGACUUUCGAUGUCAAGCACCCCGUUGAGCUGGCUGAGGAAGAAGCCAACAAGCCCAAGCCUGAGGAGAAGGUUGUCGAGCCCAGCGUUAGCUUCAAGGAGAACCCCAUUGGCCACAUCAAGGAGAAGGUCGACAACUUCGUCCGCCUCUCCAAGCAGGACCCCAUCAACGCCGUGAAGCAGGUUCCCGAUGUGGCCGGUGGUCUGGCUGCUCUUCUCGUUACCAUGGUUCUGGUCAUCGUUGGAGCCGUUGGCGCCAGCAGCCCGGCUCCUGCUCCUGCCAAGAAGGGCAAGGAGGCUGCCGGAGCUACCAAGGAGAAGACUGGUGAGGCCUCCAGCUCCUCCGCGGAUACUGGCAAGGGUGGAGCUACCAAGCGCACUACCCGGUCCUCUGCCGAGUAAACUGGCGCAGCCAUAGUGAAUAGGGGAAGAAUGAGAAGAAGACAUCCAAAAGCGAAAAGGAGCAAAAAAACAAACCAGGGAUAUCCUAAACCACAUUGUGUUUCAACUUUAUACCUCUGCUGCAGCGUUCAAUCAAUGAUUCAUUCUGAUUUUAAGGUGACAGACAGGCAGGGGGUUGUAUCAGCUGCCGAGAAGAGGAGAACCAGACCUCCAGUUGGUGGCGUUUUGAGGAGGAGGUUAAUGCGAGCAAGACGUGUAAAGUAGCCAAGCUGCAGAAAGUACCGUUGGUCUUUUUAGUUCAUAAUUCGAGAGUUUCCCGAUUAUA